AUGAUCAUGAAUGGAUAUCCAACAUCACCGAAUAGGAAUUUCAUACAGCCUUCGUCAUCAUCAAGUGGAGGAGGAGCUUCUUCGAUAUCACCACCUAAUUCAUCAAGUCCAAAGGUAGGAGGUGGAAGACAGAGGAGGAAGGCUAUUCUAGUUUCUCCUUCAUCGUCUCCUUCGAUGAAUGGACGAAACUCUGCAGAUUCGAAUACUUCUUCACCUGCUUCUUCACCGAACACGAGAAUAAUGAUGGGUUCUCCAUUGAUUGGCAAUAAUCAAAUGAUGAAUGGCGGUCAAACAUUGCCACCAUUCAUGAUGAAUAAUAAUUUUGUGUUCCAUCCAAAUUCUAAUCAACAACAGCCGAAUCAAAAUGGUUUUCCACAAACAAAUACUACAUCAUCAUCUCCACCUCUCUUUCUUAAUCAUCAACAACAUAAUAAUACGAGAAAUGUAAAUACAAACCAACAACAAGCAUAUUUUCCGAGUCAAUUUCACAAUCAUCAUAACUAUCCACAAGUGCCUCUCACGUUUACUCCAUCUCCAUUGUAUGUUCAAUCUCCUUCGAAUAGUUAUGUUCCAUCUCCAUCAAAUUCAUAUUCGACAACAGGAACAAUAAGAAGUAAUCUUGCCAAUACGAAACUAGUCGAUUCUUUCGUUAUUGAGGAAGACGAUGAGGAUGAUGAUGAAUUCAUGUCUUCAAAAAAUUCUCAACCUAUCUCUGUAAUUUCACCUGCUUUUAGUGUAACUCCUGCUUAUAGCUCAGUGCCUAAAAAGCCAAAUCCAAACGAUGCCCUCGAAUCGUUCGAUCUCAUUGAUGACGACGAUGAUGAGAGGUAUGAUAUUGAUCAGAAUUUUGGAUCGUUCAACAUUAAUACAAUACAUUCACCAAUCCAACAACCAGUUCAAAACACGACACCUAAUUUCAUGAUCACACCAAUAACACAGGAUGAAUUUGAUGAGAUGGAUAUUGAUUUUGGAUCUUCACCUUUUAAAAGUAAUGCAUUUUUACAUGCAUCUAAACCUUCUACUACAUCCAAUCCUCAGCAACAAGUUAAUCAUGAUUUCAAUAGUGAUGUUCUGUUUGUGAGUGAUGAGGGAUCUGGUAAAUCCGAACCUCAAGAUGGUAGAAGAAGUACUGCAGACAAUGAUGAUGAGUAUGAUCUCAUGGGCCUAUCAGAAAUUGAGACGAAACCUUCUGAAACAAGCAAAACUCACUCCUCAAAGAAAUCUCAUUCAUCAUCAAAUUUCCAAAAGAAUUUUAGAUACUACUGCAUUCUUAUGGAAUAUUGUAGUGGUAAAAUAUUGGAUCAGUUUAUUUCUGAUUUGAAUGAAAUUACAAAGGAAAGUAAGGGUCUCAAAACUUUGACCAUGGAUGUCAGAUUCUCAUGGUUCAUCAAAUUACUCGAAGUCAUGAAUUAUCUCCAUCAAAAUAAGGUUAUUCACAGAGAUUUGAAACCGCAAAACAUUAUUGUGCAAUAUGAUUCUGAUAAUUUAAAGAAUAAUUUUGAGGAAGAAAUUAGAAAGAUUACUUUGAAAAUUAUUGAUUUUGGUCUUGCUAAGCAACUUGUUCAUCAAAACUCUACAUCAACUAUUUGUGGUACUCGGGCCUAUGUUGCUCCUGAGGUUAAACCUGGAGCUGAAUAUGAUUACAAAGUUGAUGUUUACAGUCUAGGAAUUAUCUUUAUGCAAGUUUCGGCUACUUUAACUGUGAAGGAUUUCCAACAAUUAAUCGAUCAAAGAGCAAGACGGUAUAAUAUUGACUUUUGGUUAUUUAUGCGUUCGAAUCACUACUUUGAGUUUAUUCAUGAACAUGUAUUUGACAUUGGAUCAAAAAGAAUUGUGAAAAUGAUGGUGUGUGCUAGGGAGGAAAGAAAAAGUGCAGCUGAACUAUUAGAACACCCAGUCAUACAAACAUGGAGAUUCAUCUUUGAGAAUGACUCAUCUCAAUUGUUGAAUAUUCUCAGUAAGCCGGAAUCCUUGUUAGGAUUUUUGAGUGGACUUGACACAAGCAGUCUUUUUGUUAAGAAAUCCAUUCUUGGCAUGAAAGACUUGCUCUCCAAUGAAAAAUUACGGCAGAAAUGUUGCGAAUUAAUGUCAGAGUAUAGAGUCCUCCCCGUUUUGAUGUUCUACAUUUCCAGAAAAUUAUUCUCAGAUCGAGCUCACACAGAGUCAAGUGUAGAGUUGAAUGAGAUGUAUGAUGAGAUUUUCAAGAGCACACUGAGUAUAAUUUCUCAAGUACUCACAUACUAUGACAAUCAAACAGAUAAGAGACACAUUAAGAGAAUAAUCAGAGAAAUGAGAAAUGAAACCUCCUCCUUACUUGUUGACGAAUUGGGAAGAUAUUCCACAACUUGUAUUUUGAAUUUUAUCCAUGCCAAGGUUUUCCAUAGUCCAGAAUUUUUCUUCACCCUUUCCUGCUUGAAAAUAAUCUUCUUCCUUUGCAAAUAUGACAAGUCAACUCGUGUUGGUUAUUGUUUGUGGCUCGAAAGAAAUCAAAGCAAAAUUGGCAGAUCUUCAGAUCCACUUUCAGAGAAAAAGACUCAAUUAUUGAGAGGAAUCUAUACAUACAUUUCACUCAUUGAACCAGGCUAUGCCACUCUACUUUCUCCAAAUUACAAUAUCGAGCCAAUACUAGUCGAGGUUUUCAAUGAGAUUCCUUUCCAUCACAGAAGAGCAAUCAUCAAACCAGUGUGGCAAAAACUUGCCAAGAUACUGAACUUGGCUCUUGACACUGGUGAUGAGAGUGCUGCAGAUAGAGUACUAGGAGUAAUGAAUAAUUUCCUCUAUGAUUUCUUCAGUCUUGAAAAGUUUACAACCUACCAUACAAUUGGAAAUACGAAAUUCGGGGCAAUAGUUGGAGAUAAUAAUGUAUGUGGACUUCCAAAUAGCAUGUACUAUCUCAUUCCAACCGGUAGUGGUCUGUUAACUUUCGGCCUUUUGAAAAAUUACUCCUACGUUGAUAGACAAACAUUGAUUUAUCAUUUACUCUGUAACAAUUUGAAUCCUAACGAUAUCAAGGUUUUCCACUUUGAUAACCAUCCAAACAGUACUCUUGGAAAUGAAAAAGAGCUCAUCAACCACUACCUUGGAAACUAUAGUCCAGUACCUAUUGAAACCAAAGCAGAUUUUUCACACCUUGUAAAUCUUCAAGGAUCACCACUCAAGGUAUUGGAUAAUGAACGAACUCUACACUUUGUUUCUUCUAGAGCUACCAAAAUGUCACUAACCACCAAAGAUUCUCUCUUCUUUUUCCAACCAGAAAUUGCAGAAACUAGGCGAUUUGGUAAUCCAUCUGCCAACAUUAGAAAACCCUCCAUGAAAACUGUAUUCUACUAUGAAGUUCAAAUCCAUCGAUUGAUAUCCUCCAAGGUUUCUAUUGGACUGAUGGCCAGAUCAAACAUUAGUGAGAAUAAUUGUGUUGAUAGAAAAUAUGCAUUUCAGGCACAGGAAGGAUUCGGCUGUAUAAUGUCUGCCGAUAAAAAGGAAAUACUUUAUAAGGAAUUGGAAAUAAUUGCACAUUGUGGAGAUACAAUUGGAUGUGGUUUGACAGAGCAAGGUGAGGUUUACUUCACCAUGAAUGGAAUUUUCCUUUUUUCGAUUUCUCUUCAUCAGAGAAUUAUGCACUCUUCAAUCUUCCCUUUCAUUGAGGUUCUAUCAACACCUAAUGAUGAAUGCUUAUUGCACUUGAACCUUGGUGAAAAUCUCACUAUUGAACCAUUCAUAUUCGAUCACCAACCUCAACUCAACCCUCCAAAUGUACACUUCUCAGAAGUCAAUUCCAUUCUAAGGUCGCUAAACCUCAACCAACUUCAGCCACUUCCCAACUUUAAAGGUCUUCGAAAAUUUAUCGAACUGCAACAGAAAAGAUAG